UGACUCACAGUUGACGAAAUCAAAAUGGCGUCUUUCACGGGGUAGCGCAUAUUCGCCGCAUAGUGGAUAUAUUGCUCACCAUAAUCGCGUGUGCGAAAUUUUGUCAGUGCCUAAAACUUAACGUGAUCGUUUUAUCAGUGCCACAGUGAUUUACGGCCUAACGGACAUUAUAAAGGAGUUUUUAACGGAAAUUUCUAUAGAUAUGAAAAGAAAAAGAUACAAUGCCUAAAGGCGGCUGAGAGAUUGGUGCGUCGUUGGACGCGCCCAACGCAUAAUCAUGUCGUUUUUAAAUAAUCUCAAAAAGGUGCUGCACCUCGGCGGUGGAAAUGACGCGAAAAAGAAGAAGGUCUUCAACAACAUCCGCGACAACAGCGACCCGACCGAGAUCUGGGACAUGGUCGGCGAGCUUGGUGACGGCGCUUUCGGCAAGGUGUACAAGGCCCAGCACAAGACCACCGGUCAGCUGGCCGCGGCCAAGAUGUGCGUCCUGGACAACGAAGACGACCUGGCCGACUUCACGGUGGAGAUAGACAUACUGUCCGAGUGUCGGCACCCCAACGUCGUUGAGUUGCACGAGGCUUACUUCAUCGAUAACAAGCUAUGGAUGCUGCUGGAGUACUGCGACGGCGGAGCCCUGGAUUCGGUGAUGGCGGAACUGGAGAAGGGACUGAACGAAGCCCAGAUAGCGUACGUCUGCCGGGAAAUGUGCAAGGGCUUGCAGUUUCUGCACUCACGGAGGGUCAUACACAGGGAUCUGAAGGCGGGCAACGUUCUGGCGACUAUGGCGGGCGGAGUUAAACUGGCUGACUUCGGUGUGUCAGCGAAGAACAAGUCAACCCUCCAAAAGCACGACACGUUCAUUGGCACUCCGUACUGGAUGGCCCCCGAGGUGGUGCUUUGCGAGACCUUCCGUGAUAACCCUUAUGACUUCAAGGUCGACAUUUGGUCAUUGGGUAUAACUUUGAUCGAGUUCGCCCAAAUGGAGCCCCCAAACCACGAGAUGACCCCGAUGAGGGUCCUGCUCAAGAUACAGAAGUCUGACCCCCCGACCUUGGACCAGCCGUCUCGCUGGAGCAAAUCCUUCAACGAUUUCAUCUCGAAAGCUCUGGUCAAGGACCCAGAAAAAAGGCCGACAUCCGUCGAACUAUUGAAGCACGACUUCGUCGGAGGGAACCUGGACUCCAAGCCCCUCCGCGACCUCCUGCUUGAGUACAGGGCCGAAGUCGUGGAGGAGGAGGUGCUGGAUGAUGAUAGCGAGGAGCCUCGCAAUUCUCACAUGCCGAUGGAAAUGGAAGAUGACUCGACUUCUGUGAGGUCGAGCGAGACGCCGGACGCGAAGAUGUCGGACACCGAACAAACGGCAGCGGUCACACCCGCUCCCGCUUCAUCGCCCGCUGCCGCUCCCGCGCCCGCGCCCGCCGUCGCUCCCGCUCCCGCCGCCGCUCCCGCUCCCGCCGCCGCCAGCAAGCGUCCGCACGACGACGAGCAAACCUCCGCUGACAGGAAACCACCGGCUCCGAAGAAAGAAAAGGGUCCAGCACCGAUGCCCCCGCCCGCGGUGCUCCCCUCGCCCACCGCCGCCGCCCCCACCCCCGCACCCGCCCCGCAUCGGAACAAGCAGCCGGCCCCCCCGCCGCCGAGCGCCAAGCUUAUAGUUGAUCAGGUUUGCCGAGACGCCGAGAAAGCAGUCGAGAACAAAACCAACAAAUCACCAGAGAAACCAUCGCGCAAUGCAUCACCUAAAUUGGAGCAGAGACUGGCCACGCCUGAGCCCAGAUCGGAACCCCGCGAUGUCGCUCCACGGACCAGCCCAGAAGGACUUGGCAGCAGCGACAGCGCCGAGGAGCUGUCUCGCGCCGGAGAAGUGGACAGAAGUAAGGAGAAGUCCAGCAGCAACGUGGAAAUUAACAAGGCUGCUGAAGAACCUCACAGGAGUAGCGCGAUCGAAACGAACACGGACGACUUGCGCAGAAGUAAGGUGGAAGUGAACAGAAGCAGCGAGGAACUUCGCCGAAGCAACCACGAAACCGACCGAAGUUCGGAUGAACUUAAAAGGAACAAGGAAAUGAACAGAAGCGCCGUAGAGCUGAGGAUAACCGGAGAAACUAAAUUAGAGCAAGCGCGUAUAGUUGAACCUAAGAUGGAGGAUGUGCGUAAGAAAAGAGUUCAGAGUUCCGAGGAUGUGAGUACCAAGGUCGCCCUGAGCGCGCCCCACCCGCCCAGGGACCAGGAGACGAGGAGGAGCAACGUGGAACUCCGGAUCAGCGAAAUAUACUCGCUGACCAACUCAACCGCGGACAGGACCUCCGAGAAAUCCCCUAAUACCGUACAAGAAAAGGCGGACGUCAAGAGGCUUUCCAGGAACUUCGAGCAGAAGACCUCCAGGUCCAACUCGAGGGAGGAGGACAGACCCGUCGUGGAAGUCAGCAGGGUGAACGCGGAGGUCUGCCGGCUGGAGAGGCAUUUCUCCAGGUCUAACUCCGUCGACGGUCAGAAGGUUGAGAAGAGAAGAGACGACAGGAGAUCGCAGAACGCUAUCGAGAUUAGGCCCGUCACGCCCCCCACCCCGGUGUCGGCGUCGGGCGUGGUGGUCGUGGUGGAACCGAACUCGCUGGCGGCGUGCCCGGCGGGGCUGGUCACCGUCACCACCACGCACCCUCCCGUACUUACCACGGCCGCUGCGCUGCCUCCUAACGCGGUGACGAUAUCCACGACGCCCCCCAUCGCUGACGAGGUGGUCAUCGUGGGGGCGGGCUCCUCGUCAGACGACGACUGCUUCGCACCCUCGUCGCUAGACUCGCUCGACUGCUCCAACGGAUAUAACACCACCGAUCGCGUCGCACGUCGCCUGGACAGCAGCGAGGUCGUGGUGCUGAGUGCUCACGGAGACUCCGGCGUCUUUGACGAUUCCACUCACAUAUUACCACUCGACACGUCGCACGUCUCCGUGGUGACGGUCGGGAACGAGGAGGUCCGGGUUCGAGACUCGGCCGCGACCCACAUAGAACUCAGCUCCGGCUCGACCAGACUCAGCCCGGACAGCUUUGAGAGCCGGCGCUCGCAGUCGGACAGCGCGUCGCUGGGCUCGGCAGGGUCGCGCGCGCCCGACACCGACUCCCUGGUCGCGGCGCCCCCCUGCGAACACCGGAACGGCGGUACCAGAGUGAAUACGGAUAACCAGAGUCUGGAGAACGAGGAGCAGCAGGUCGUGCUGAGGAGGAAACAUCAAGAUCCCCAGGUCAAUAGGAUACAGCGUUCCAAAGAAGACAUCCACAUGGCUAAUCUCAAGAAGAAGACCCGGAAACGAACCCGCAAGUUUGAGAUCGACGGCGUCAUCAUGACCACCACCACGUCUAAGGUGAUUUGGGGUGAUGAAGAGAGCGGCCGGACCUGGGACGACCACGCUCUCCGCAAGCAGGAGCUGCGCGAGAUCAAGAUGCUGCAGAAGCAGGAGCAGAAGCAGUUCCAGGAUCUGAACGCGAAGGAGCAGCAGCUCAGGGAACAGCAGGAUAAGAGGUUCGAGGGCGAGCUGUCGUCGCUGUCGCGCGCGCACGAGUCGGAGCUGGAGGCGCUGGCGCGGGCGCAGCGCGGGGCCGCCGAGCGCGCCGAGCAGCAGCUGGAGGCCGAGCUGCGCCACGCCGCCAAGAGGCUGCGCGCCGAGCACGACCGCGACCUGCGCCUCUUCCGCGACACGCUCAAGCAGGAGCUCCGGCUGCUCAAGCAGGAAGUGGAAUUAGUGUGCAAGGAGCGUCGUAAGGAAGCGUAUCGCGCUCGCCGCGUGACGCUCGACGCCGAGCACGCCGAGCGCGAGCGAACGUUCGUCGCGGCGCUCGCUGACACCAGCGACCACGUGCUGCGCCGCCUCCACGACGCGCACCGGCAGCGCCAGGCCCUCGCCGACCGCCAGUACCUGCAGCAGCGACACCAGAUAAUGAGAACCAGAGAAGCAGCGCUGUGGGAAUUGGAAGAAAAACAGAUCCAUGAACGAUACCAGUUAGCAAAGAGACAACUCAAAGAUGAAUUUUUACUGCGGAGGCAGCAGAUGCUAGUCAGACAUGACAAAGAGUUGGAACAGAUCAAACGGAAGAACACAAGAAAAGAAGAAGAAUUAGCCAAGUGUCAAGCUCUUGAGAAGAGAUCGUUGCCCAAGCGCAUCCGAGCUGAACAGAAAGCCAGAGAGAUGAUGUUCCGAGAGUCACUGAGGAUCAGCACGGCUCCUCAGAACCACGAAGACGACAGGGAUAGACUGAAAAAGUUCCAAGAGAACGAGAAGCGAAGGUACAAAGCUGAACACCAGAGGCUCGCCACGAAGCACGCCAAGGCCCGGGAGGAGCUUAAAGCUCAAGGCGAAGCCAUGCUGCGAGAACUCGAGCAGUUCCAGAACGAGAAGCGCAAAGCUCUCAUGAACCACGAGAGCAACAAGAUGAAAGCUCUCGAGGAGAGGUACUCGUCGGAGCUUAAAGAGUGGAGAGCGACUCUAGGCGACAGGAAGGCGGUCUUAGAGGAUGAGUUUACGGUCCAACUCGACGAGCAGGAGCGUCAGGCCGCGAACUCGCGUCUCUCUUCGCCUUCCACGAUGCCGCACCACAGUUCCGCGCUGCACUCGUCUAGGACGAGUCUAGCGUCUAGUCACUACGACUGACAUCGAAUUUCGCUGACUACCCACAGUAGUCUAAAUUUUACGGCUACCCUCUGCAGAGGUCGCGCCCCGCUGUACUGCCCUCAGGAAUACUGAUGCCCCCGAAGCUUCCGAUGAUUGGUUGUUUGUGGAAUUGAACAAGCUUUGGCGUAGAGCCGAUAGCGCUUUUUACUGGUGGUAGGAUGUGAGUUGAGUCGCCUGUUUCUGCCGAGAAGCAGUAAUAAAUUUUGGUUUGAAAGCUAGAGUAGCCGUUGUACUGUAAAACUCGGAAGUGGGUGGCGGUAUUUACAUUGUUGAUAUUUGCGGGUACCGGUGAAUAAUUAAUAUCAGCUUAGGCCAUCCAUGCAAAAUAGCAAUAAUAAAAUCACCAAAACAAAUGUGAAUUUUAGGUAUCUAUGUAUACGGAACAUUAUAGAUUACUUUAAGAUUACUUUUACUGUAUCUCAUUGCCACUUUAUCGAGCGUUGAAAGGUUAUUUGCUUUAAGUGACUUUUGCAACUUUAUAAGAUAAUUAUUUAAAGUUUAAAAUUUGGAAAAAAUUCAUAACAAAAAAAGUUUUUCAGCUAUUUGUAUGAAGUAAACUUAAUUGAAGUUCAAUUAAAUGCAUCGUACUGUUGAUGCUGAUAUCAAACAAAACGGACCUUUAAUUACAGAGAUAAAUGUGGCCUAAACCAAAUAGUCUUAACACUCCUCGAUAUUAUCUCCGUAUAACUGUGAAGUAUUCGUAAUAAUAAUAUAUACUAUUAAUGAUAAACAAAGGCAAGAUCAAACGGUAAUAGUAGUUUUAAAUUUGAUUUAUAAGAUUUGAUUUCGCCGAAGAACUGAAGAGGGUAAUAUUAAAUAAUAGUUGUUUUUUUUUUGCUGGCAACACUUUCGUCCUACCACCAGUGAAAUUGUUACAUGGAUCACGAAUUAGUCUAGCGGUGCUGAUUCUUGAAAUCGAUUUAUAGAGAUAUCGAUAUUAGAAAUCGAUAUAUCGAACUUGUUCGGUCUAAAUAGCGAUUGUUUUUAGGACGGUAGUCGGUAAUGAUGGUUCUGAUUCUUGAAGAUUACAUUCGUGGUGAUCGCCUUCGCGUUGUACAUAGAGUUUUGGAAUUAGUGACUGUAGAUUUAAGAUUGAUAAUUCGAUGGCGCAUCAUCAUCACAGUAAUUACAGUGUCUGGGUUACGCGCAGGAUUAGGGUGACGAUAUUAAUAUGUUACUUGCGACUUAGGUUGAAAUUGUGUUCAUAGUUGUCUGGAUUUUAAGCUGGUAUGAUAGCAAGAGCUGAGCUAUAGGAGAGCUAAGCCAGCUAUAGAUACAUUAGCUGUAUUAUGUGCGCAUCAAUAGCUAAGCGAAGGAUAAGUCAGUGUUCAACUUGAUAUUAAAAGACUUAGCUCACGUAACAACGGAUCUAUCAGGCUCGUCUAACUUACCUCCUCAUAAUUUAGAAUACAUUGCGGCUUGCAUGUGUAAAUAAAUAAAAAGUGUACUCAGCCAUGGGAGCUGUGUGAGAUUAAUUUAAUUUUUUUUUAUUGCCCUUGUAGGCAGACGAGCAUACGGCCCACCUGAUGGUGAGUGGUUACCGUCGCCCAUGGACUUCAGCAAUGCCAGGGGCAGAGCCAAGCCGCUGCCUACCGUUUAGCUCUUGGUCUUCAAAUGUGUUUAGUCCUUUUAAAUGCUUUCCGUAGUAAAUUCGAUUCGAUAUAACUAUAACUUGAAUCCGAAUUAAUAUUUCAAGACUACGUAACAUGUGAGCGAGCCUUAAUGAUGUACAGCGUGUAUUAGGAGAAGUGCUGAGAGGCAGAGAACUGGUAGUUCAAAUGAUAUCCAAUACCAUAAUAAGAAAGUAAUGUUUUGCAUGACAGGCAGUGUAAAGCGAUUCAAAGAGACGUGAUGCGCGAGGUCAACGCCCCUUUGUGUACACGAGGGCUCUGUUAGGGUUGCCACUGUUUUUUGGCAGAUAAAGUAUAUUGGUUAUAGGUGGGGAAAAAAGUACAUCGUAUUAAAAUAAAGUACAAUUUAUUUUUUACUAUAACUGAAUAAAUUGAACAAAAAAUUGUGACAAUUAAUGACAGUGACAUUGUUGACAUUUGAGGUUAAGUUGUGUUCAGAAAUAUUUAUUAAAAACGAGUGCUUAAGUGAUGUGGCGUUGGCGAGUGGCGAAAUCGAUGUAUUUCGCUUAACGGAAAAAUACAUAUGACUAAACUUUUCAAAAUCCCACAGAAAUAAAAUCAUGCCAAAUACAGUAUUUUCAUGUACUUUAUUGUUCACAUAAAGUAUAGAGUGCAAUUACCUGAAAUAAAGAAAUAAAGUUACAAUACUUUAUUAUAAAGCACGGGUGGCAACCCUAGCUUCUGUUAGCCGCUUUUGGAAGAGAAAUAUUUAAAAUGUUCUUUUUAUUUAAAAAAUCUAACAAUAAUAUUUAUUUUACAUUACCCACUCUGUGCAUGACUUCGCGGUCAGUGCAAACAACUACAACAUCAUAAUGAUACAUAACUUAAUCCGGUUUCGUUUGGAUAAGUAUUUGCUUUAAAUCCUCUUUAACUACCAAAGCAGCGUUUGUCGUGCCUUAGAUGCGCAAAAAAAUGAAACCUUACAUAACAAUUGGAGACUGAUCUAGACGUAUAUUUGGAAUUUGUUAUUCGUUGAUCUUUAGGAGGGUUCUUACUUGUUAGCUCUGGUAAAGUCUGGCCAGGUCUUGCAGGUAGCCAGAGAAUCUCGACAGAACAAGGGAUUUUGGAACGCAUGUGAAGAAGAACGAAUCUGGCAUCUUUUUUUAUGACUACCCGCAAUAUAAACGGAAUCACGUCCAACUUACGUGUUUAUGCAAAAGUAUAUGAAUGUCUAUAUUAAAUAAAUAAAAAAUUGGUUAUCUGUAGAAUCGGUUUACGGACUACAGCUUAACGUGAUAAAAUCAGUAAUAGAACUAUUUGAAUCGCUAGCUCUGACGUCACGCGAAAAGAGAAAUGUGUCUCAACCCAACGCUUGGGCCGGUCGUGCAUUUCUAUCGCUUGUUCCGCGCUCUCGCUUGCACGCACAGGCUCAGGCGGAACGUGACACUUUUUCGUGCGUGCAGCCGGUGUUCAUCGACUUAUAAGAUACGUUUUCAAGUCAAAAAACAGUAGAAAAGGAGAAUUGAAACCUUACUAACAUAAGUCGACGUAAUUUCUUCAGUUCGCCGCGUAGGGACCUACAUGUCAGUCGAAGGGCUAAGGAGUGAAAUCGCUUUCGCUUUUACAUAAACAAGGGCGUUUUUAAAGGUUACGGCAACCGUUAUAUCACCGUUUGACUUGGAAAGGAGAGACAGAUGUUUUUUUCUGAUGAUUAACACCAAAAACCGUAAUGUGGAGGUACCGCUGACGCUUCAAGUUUUAUAUACUAAGAUUUCUCGUAUGGCCCGUUAUCGGAAAAUAAUCGAGAUUUUUUUUGCUUGCUGACAAUAAAUAAAAAAUAUAUAAAAACGCCCAGCAAUGGAAUUAGAAAAUUCUACUUAGAUGUUUUGUAUUGUUUUGAAAUUCGCUUAUUUAUAUUUAGAAGAAAGUAAAGUGUAGUUAUGAUAUUUUGAAAUAGCACCUUCAGAAUUGAAGUGGAUAAUACAAAAAGUACUUUUUUGUAAACGCCGUACUUAGAUGAAGAAAAGAGACGAAAGGAAUACUUUUGUCUUUUUCUAGACUAAAAUAGACUAUUUAAUUUUACAAAUAGUUUGAAUGACAUAAGUCUUUCAAAGUAUGAGACUUAUUAUUUAUUCGUAGGGUGGUAGGACCUCUUCUGAGUUCGCGCGGGUAGGUACCACCACCCCGCCUAUUUCUGCCGUGAAGCAGUAAUGCGUUUCGGUUUGAAGGGCGGGGCAGCCGUUGUAUCUAUACUGAGAACUUGUAUUUCAAGGUGAGUGGCGCAUUUACGCUGUAGAUGUCUAUGGGCUCCAGUAACCACUUCACACCAUGUGGCCUGUGAGCUCGUUCACCCAUCUAACCAAUUAAAAAAAUUACUUACAUUUGCUUGGUUACGCCACUACAAUUCUAGAAGUGCGAUAUAAUUGGAAUUGAAUAUUCAUGGUCUGAGAUAUGAGCUUAUAAUGUUUACGGCGGGGAUCGAGGAGAGAGGAUGUGAGCUUUCCCGCAAGGCUUGUGCUUUAGAAUUCGUUAGACCCUCUUCCACGAUGACGUCAUUCUACAGAAACAAUGCACUCACAAAAAUAUAAUACGCAUCGUGUAAAAACUCAGCGCGAAACUAAAAUAUGAAAUUUUAAUUAAAAAAUAAAAGCGUCUUCAACGAAAUAAAAUGAGUUUUGCAUCAAUAUAAUCGAAAUUAAAUGACAUUUCGCUUGAUACUUACAUGACAUUUAUCUUUGUAAUUAAAGGUCCUUUUUAUUUGGUGAACCUUUCGAUGUUUUUAAUUGAACUUCAAUUAAGGUUACGCCAUUCAGUUAACUGAAGAAGUUUUUUUUUGUUAUAUUUUUCCAAAUUUGAAACUUCAAGUUCUCCUGUAAUUUUGAAAAAAUGUCGCUUGAACCAAAUACCACCGAUUUCACUCCCCGAUAUGCAUUAUGGAGAUUAAAAAAAAGUACUGGUCGAAACUUUAUGAAAUUUCAAUCCCCAAGAAUCCUUGAAAUCUGUUCGCCUAGAAAGAAGUUGAGGUGACACCGAUGAUAAUAUUUAAAAAAAACAUAACCUAUUUUUUCUUAAUAAUUUCUUUUAAUUUUGUUAAAUUUGUUUUCGAUUCUCCUUUGUACGAAAAUGUCUAUAAGUGACCGUAAAAAAGGUCAGUCGAGUCGGUCAAACGCGUGAGCGUUUCCAAAUGGCCUAAAUAUUCUACAUUUGAUUUUGGUGGGGUUAAAGAUCCUAAGUCUCUGAUGACGACAUUAAAAAGUAGUGGUGUCAACGCUAGAUAUGUCAAAUUUUAAUAGCAUAAGUGUAAUUAGACGAUCGUAUUUACAUUAUAAAAUGAAAACCUAUUAAAAUGUCUGUCUAGAAUAAAACAAAGGUUUGUGUUCAUUUGACUAAGGAAUAAACAGAUUUUGAUUUAAAAAAGUUAAUUUGACCUCUUCAGGGGAAUUGGCACACGCUUUAAACAAUGUUUACGCUUGGCCUAUUUAUUUAUUUUAUUUAACUGGCCCCAUACGUGGACAUUUUGUUUUUUGAUGAGUAAAUAACAAUUUUUGUGAUUUAUUUUACUUUUUUAAUUGUUUUCAAUAUAAAAUGAACAAAUCGCAAUUCUAUAUUGCGAUUUGUUCAUUUUAUAUUGAAAACAUUAACGAAAUUCACGUUUUAAGUACCUAAGUACUUUAAGAAAAAAUAUGAAGAGGUUAAAUAUACAUUUAAUUUUUUUAUUAAAUAUAAUAAAAUUGGUCAGUUAAAAUUUAUGUUUAGUCUUUUUUGAUUAUUUAAAUAUAUGGGCAAGCGCGACGCGUUAUCUGUGUUCGUUUAUGGCGUGGCUUAAUUGAAUGAUAAAAUGUUAUUUUUUAUAUUGUUCAUUUAUUUAAAAUCAUCUUUUUUUUUUGAGUUAAUGGCCUUUGGGCCAAUUUAAAACUGACUUUAAUAAAUGAAUGUUGCAAUACCUCUGCGGCUCACUGUAGAUAAGUAAUGUAAAAUUUAAACUAAGCAAUUAACUCUGAGCUUUCACCGUCCUCUGUGUUAAGAUGAAGUAAAAGCCGAAAAAACAAAUCAACCAAAAUAUUUUCAAUGCCCGCCAUCUCAAAUAUUUUUUUUUUAAGUACUAGAUAUCAUAUCUCAACUUUUCACUAAUAUUCAUUAAAAGAGCUGUCAAAAUGUAAAAUAAGAUAAGCAAAAAUGUUUUAGUUUUAUAUCGGUAAUAUUUUUACUAACGGACCUAAGUUAAAAGUGACUAUUCACUAAAUAAACACCAUUUCUGGACUCGAUCCGGUUCUAGAAUGAUACUAAAUGUUAUUAAUUCGGUUCAUCCCUAGUCACGUAAUUUCACGACCGGUAUUAGCAAUGCUGACGGGCGAAACAUCAAGGUUUACCUUUUAUUAAUAAUAUUAAACAAACAAAUGAGAUAAUAAUGUUAUAGUAAAAAGAACGCUUGGAUAAGUAUUUUUAAGAAUACCGGAUGUACAAAUAACUUUUGUCGCCCAUUCAUUUGGUAUAUUUAGUAGCACAAUAGAUUUUUAUUUUGGUAUACAGUUACUUUUGUUGACGUUUUGAGACGAUUCGCUCGUAUGGAGGGUAGAAGUAAGGGGCGCCAUCUUGUAUAGGGGACAAGUUGAUAAAGUGUCCAUCUGUAAACAGCGAGUUGUUUGGAAGACUCACCGACAUAGUGCUUGUGAAGGAAGCGGAAAUGAUAUGAAUAUAGCAGUUUUAAAUUGAGUCAAUUGUGCCAGGCAGGAAGUAUUUAAUGAUUUUUACGACUUGUGUACUUAGAAAAUAUGUAGUAUUUAAAAUCUCAACUAUUUAUUUUUAUUACUACUUAGGCAAGAAGUGUUUAUUUCCUUCUUAAUUUUGGUAUCCUACUGUAAUUGUUUAUGGCGAGUUGUUUUUAUCUUUCCACUUGCUACUGUGGCGCCACCUUAUUUCGUUCCCUUUCAACAGACACUUUUUAUUUCACUAAGAUGAUUCGCGUUACCUCUACUCUCCAUAUUCUCUCCUAAUUUUGUAUAGACACGGAAAAAAAACCGAGACGACUUCAAUUAGCAUUAGAAACUGAUGAACGAUGAAUUAAUUUGUCGUACCGCCAACUGAAAUAUCGAAUGCCAACAAAAGUUGCCAACACGCAAAACGCAAUUUAUUCCACUACGUUAUCUUCCUCCACGGAAAACCAAAGAACCAGAUCAGAUUGAAACAUAAUUCACUAGUCUCUUAUUGGGCUGAUUUACAAGGAAAAGACCUAGAUAAUAUAUUUUUUUUAUAUUUUUUUUGUAGUCAAGGAAUUUUAAAGAACGAUUUGAUAUUCCGUUCGUAAAAUGAUUUGUUACGUCGCGUUUAAUUUAGUUACGAUAAUUCUGGCAGCAUCUCCCGAUAAAUUAGUUAGGCGUUUUGUAAAGUACUUCCUUGAUGUUAUUUCUGACUUUGACAGCUGUCAGUUACUUUUUUUUUUUCGAAAUCGCUGGAUGCUGCCUGCAAUGUAUUCACACACAACAGAUAUAUUUUUGUAUUAUUAUUAUUUUUUAAAUGGAUAUUUGUUAAUUUUUACAAAUAAAAUAACAAUUCCUUAGUCUUUAAAUAAUAUUAAUUGUAAAUACUUAACACGUCUACUUAGUGCAUUUUUUUUUCAUUUGAGAUUACCGCAGUAUUGUGUAAACAUUUUAUUUUUAAUCAGUUAGUUGUAAUACGAUAGCCAUAGCAAUUUUUAAUGUUAAUUCCACAUUUAUUUCUCGAAAUGAAAUUAAAUAGUAAAUUAUUGUUACACUUUUUUUUCGAAAUAUACAGAAUUUUACUUGAUA